GCGCGCGCGGAGGUCGCGAGCGAGGGAGCGCGCGCGGGCGCGCGACGCCGACAUGCUGGCGCUCGGGUGCAGGUGUGCGCGGAUACGGGCGCUGCUGAAGGAGGGCCCCGGGGCGGCGCGGUACUCGGUCGGAGAAGCCUCCCGACUCCCCGGCGAUGACGACGGGCUGCCCGUCAUUCGCGUUCCUCGGAGGAUGCGGCUGCAGGAGAAGCCGAGGCGGGCGGGGAGCGAGGCGACGGCGGUCAGGCUGGCUAGGCCCGGGCGCCUGCUUAUUGUGGGCAAGCGGCCUCAGCUGAACCAGCACGCCGGCCACAUCUUCGGCAAGUUCGACCAGGUGCCCCUGGUCUCUAAGGGCUGGAAGCACAGGAAGGCGGCCGGGGAUUAUUUUGUCAUCAACAACACCCGCACCCAGCCGCCCGUCCUGCCGGAUGAGGAGGCCGAGAUCGGGGGAAAGGUGCGGAGCUUCAGUUCGCUGGGGCUGUGUCAAGAACUUGUGGACGCCGUGAGCACAACGGGCAUCUCUCGCCCCACCAUGGUGCAGGCGCAUACUAUCGCGGCCCUGAUGAGAGGGAAGAACGUGCUGUGUGCCGCAGAAACCGGCAGCGGCAAGACUCUGAGCUACCUGCUGCCUUUAAUGCACACCUUAAUCUCGGAGAGGGCGGCGACUGAGGCCGACCGUGACGGGCCGCGUGGACUGGUGCUUGUCCCGUCCCGGGAGCUGGCCGACCAGGUCCGGGGAGUGGCUCGAUCACUGGCGAACAACCUGAACCUCAACGUGCACACGAUUGGGGGUGGCCGUGGCAUUGGCGGCGUGAAACUAACCUUAUCCCAGGGACCGAUCGACCUCCUGAUAUCCACACCUGGAAUCCUGUGGAAGGCCUUAAGAAGAGACCUUGUCAGCCUUUAUGACUUGAGGUACCUCGUACUGGAUGAGGCAGACACUCUGUUUGAUGAAAGCUUUGUGGGUUUACUGGAGGACAUCCUCCACCAGACUCAAAUUGCUUCAAAUGUCUCAGAAACACAUGGGGUGGAAAGAAAAGCUCAGUUGGUGGUGACAGGGGCGACCUUCCCAGGUGGUGUGGGAGAACUUCUCAGCAAAGUCACUGAUUUGGGCAGCAUUGCCACCAUAAAGAGCAAGGGGCUUCAUUACCUCAUGCCACAUGUGAGGCAGAAAUUUAUGAAGGUGAAGCGGACUGAUAAACUGUCUGACUUCCUGCAAAUGUUGAAGGAGCUAAUUGUGGAAAAGCCCGGCAUUGGAAUUCUUGUGUUUUGCAACAGUGCAGCAACAGUUAAUUGGCUCGGUUACAUUUUGGAGGACCAUGCUGUCAAACAUGCCAGGCUGCAGGGAAAUAUGCAGGCUGAAAAGCGAAGUGGCAUCUUUAGUACUUUUCAGCAGGGUCUCAUAGAUGUACUGCUGUGCACAGACAUUGCAUCCAGAGGAUUGGACACUCAGAGGGUGGAAAUUGUAAUUAAUUAUGAUUUCCCUCCAACUCUGUGUGAUUAUAUCCAUCGAUCUGGGCGGGUGGGACGUGUUGGGAGCAAGGUUUUGGGUACUGUCAUUAGUUUUGUUACACAUCCCUGGGACGUUGAACUGGUGCAGAAAAUUGAAACGUCAGCACGCCAGAAAGCAAUACUCCCUGGCUUGGAAUCAAAAAUCAGCAAAUCUGAGAGUAAAAAUUACCAGGUUUAUGAAAAUUGAGGUCUUUACACUGGCAGAUUCAAGUAAUAACUGCACCAAUAUUUGUUAGUUUUUUUGAAGUAUGCUGCUUGAGUUGUUUAUGAAAAUAAACCUGUAAUUCUUCA